AGACGGGUAAGUGAGUGGAUUGAGAAAUAAGAUAAGAUACAACCACCAUUCCAAUUUGUUUUUAUUGUUUUCCACCAUCCACACGCAACUACCAUACGAGGUAAAAUACCAAUAUCCUGGCUGACUCAGAAACUCCACAUGCAACAAAGUCCUAUAUCUAUCGGUGUAGCUAGCUAGAGAAGUUGGAUAGUGAGUUAGAUCGCAGAAUUAAUUGCCACAAUUAUUUCAUGUCACGACCCUUUUAAUUUGACAUAACAUAGCUUUGGAGGCAAGUGACAGGUGAAUAGAGUCAGAGAUCAGUGACAAUGAAGCAAAGAAAAGAAGAAAGUGUUGGUCAUGAAUCAAAGGCAGAGGUGCUUCCAAAGUUAUCACCUCCAAAAGCAGAAGAGAGUGUCACAAACAGAGAAAUUGCCAAGUUUUGGAGGCAGAAAAGGAUCGAGGAGGAGGACCACCUCCUUGCUGCUAUUAAAGCUGCAGCUAGACUCCGUGCACGCACCCUCACGGAACAAGAGUAUCAGAGAUUCGAGUUCUCGCUGAUGAUCGAUCAUACCUAUGACGAAACCGAGAAAGAGACGGUUAAACGGAUUGUGGGGACGAAUGUUUAUUGCAAAACAGUUGCUAUGGACAAAGAAGUGCGCGUCGGAAUAAAGGACUGGUGGACGAAAAGCAAAUAUGCGUAUUUGAAUGAACCAGCCAUAGAUUCGAUGGAUUCUGCUAAGAAACGAAGCUCAAAGUAUAUUCCGAAUUGUCUUUCUUACAAGCCCAAGGCUUUGUAUGCUUCUGCUAUUGGUGUCUUUUAAGCCGCAGGGGGCAUUCCUUUGUUAUUUCUUUCACCAUUCUCUUCUUUUUUAUGCUCCAGUCUUUCAUUUCCCAUUCAAAUCUGUAUUUUGUGUUUCUUGGUGCGACUCUGUUUUCUUUCAUGAGUGCUGCUGGACAUUCUUAAUAAUAUGUCGGUAUUUUAUGUGUCA